UCUGUGUCUCUCCUCCCUGGUCGUCCUCUGCAGGCCUGCUCCUCUCUGCUGCAGAGAGGGGCUGCGUGACGUCAGUGAAGGCUGGAGCGGUUCCUUGGUUUGGAGCGGAAAAAAAAAUGGGGAGAAGAUUGCGAGGACCUCAGGCAGGGGAGCCAUGAAAGAUGAAGUGAAACGACCAGUUAAAUGUUGCCACUAUGUGUGGUCAUGUGACUGAGCUGAGGCUCCUCCGUUGCACAUGGGAUCGCUCUUCCUUUCCAUAGCUGUCCUUUUUUCACAAUGAGAGGAUCUGUCAGGUGCUUGACCUCUGUGCCCUCAUACUGGCGCUGCCGUUGUGCUGUGUGAGCGCCCCCUCUCCUCCAGCAGUUACUGCACGGAAUGGCCUCUCUGGACCUGCCAUACCGCUGUCCUCGCUGCGGGGAGCACAAGCGCUUCCGAAGCCUGUCGUCCUUACGUGCCCACCUGGAGUACAACCACACGUACGAGACCCUCUACGUCCUCUCCAAGUCCAACAGUGUAUGUGACGCUGCCGCUCUGCUGCCCCUAGUGGCUGAGGGAGCCCUCCUCACACCUGCCAACAACAACGACCCUUUUGAGCCGCUGCGGCCUUCAGCUUUGAAGGAGCGGCGCUUCCCUUGCCGUGAACUUCCUUGCGCGGACGACCUGAGUUUGACCCCGGCCAACUCCAACUCUGCAGCUCGGUAUAUUCCCAAUGUGGAGUUUCCCCUGGGGGAGAUUUUCAUGAAGAAAGCCAUGACAUCCACAGACCCGGGUCCCCAUGGAAACCCCAGCACAGCUGUAGCAGUAGCUGCUAAUGUAGCGGCAAGUGCAGUGGAGGCGGCCUACGAGGAAGGCCUGGCCAGGCUGAAGGCGCGGGCGUUUGAACGGCUGGAGCUGGAUGAGAGGCUGGAGAAGCUGUCUGAAGAGGUGGAGCAGAAAAUAGCAGCCCGUGUAGGCCGACUUCAGGCAGAGCUGGAGAGGAAGAGCUCCGAGCUGGAGCGAGCCAAGCAAGAGAGCGAGCGGCUGAGCCAGGAGAAACAAGACCUGGAGGACAAGGCCUCCGAGCUCUCUCGGCAGGUGGACGUCUCUGUGGAGAUGCUGGCUAACCUCAAACAGGAUCUGGUGAACAAGGAGGCGGAGCUCAAUCACAAACAGCAGGAGGUCGCUCAGAUCGACCAGUUCCUUCAGGAGACAGCGGCGCGGGAAGCCAAUGCCAAGGUUCGUCUGCAGCAGUUCAUAGAGGAGCUGCUGGACCGAGCCGACCGUGCAGAAAAACAGCUACAGAUCAUCAGCAGCUGCGGCACCACGCCAAACGGCAGCCUGGGGCGCUGUAGCCUCCAGGCCUCAAAGGGCAAUGGACGCCAGAGAAACUCCAGCCUCUCUGGGAGCACAAGAGGCAUGUACCAGGUGUCAGACCGACGCUCCUCCCCCAGCACAGGAGCAUCAGGGCGGAUCAAGUCCGUCUCACAGGGAUCUGGAGGUUAUGACAGUGACAGCGUCGAGAUGCAUCCCAUGGAGGACUGUCCCGAGGCUCAGUACUAUCACAUGCAGUGCCGGCUGGGUGAGGGGGGUUACGAGCGCUCUCCUGGAUGUGGCGGCGGUGGCUCGAGAAACUGGGGUCUCCGUAAACAGGCUAUCCAAAACUGGCAGCGACGACCUUACAGGAACAGCACUGAGGGCGAGGAGGGAGACGUGUCGGACGUGGGCUCCCGGACCACCGAGUCUGAAGUGGAGAUGUGGGAACAAGAGAGGAGAGCUGUGGCUGAAGUCCAGCAGUCUGCUGCGCCCUAUCCUCACCACGGCAGGGCAGGUUACCGCCCUAACACAGGCCGGUCGGAAGGGGUCUACAGCAAACCAUGCCGUCAUGAAAAGAGCCCGUCCAAAUCCAACGAGGUGAUCAGUCCGGAGAUCCUGAAGAUGCGCGCGGCUCUCUUCUGUAUCUUCACCUACCUGGACACUAAAACCCUGCUGCGAGCCGCUGAGGUGUGCCGGGACUGGAAGUUUGUGGCUCGUCACCCAGCUGUGUGGACCAGAGUGCUCCUGGAGAACGCUCGCAUCUCUUCCAAGUUCCUGAGCACGUUGUCUCAGUGGUGCACUCAGACCCACUCCCUCAUCCUGCAAAACCUCAAACCCCGACAGCGAGGCAAGAAAGAAACCAAGGAGGACUACCUUAAAAGCACACGUGGCUGUCUGGAAGAGGGUCUGGAGGCGUUGUUGAAGGCCACAGGAAGCAACCUGCUGAUACUGAAGAUUUCACACUGCCCCAACCUGCUGACUGAUCGCUCCCUCUGGCUGGCUAGCUGCUACUGCCGAGCUCUGCAGGCUGUAACCUACAGGAGCGCCACAGACCCGGUUGGCCAAGAGGUGAUCUGGGCCCUCGGAGCAGGUUGUAGAGACAUCAUCUCCCUACAAGUGGCGCCACUACACCCAUGCCAACAACCUGCUCGUUUCAGUAACCGAUGUCUGCAGACUAUUGGAAGAUGUUGGCCACACCUCCGGGCUCUCGGAGUGGGAGGGGCCGGAUGUGGCAUUCAGGGUUUGGCCUCACUGGCGAGGAACUGCAUGCGUCUGCAGGUGCUGGAGUUGGACCACGUGAGUGAAAUCAACCAGGAGGUGGCAGCAGAGGUUUGCAGAGAGGGUCUGAAGGGUCUGGAGAUGCUGGUUCUCACUUCCACACCAGUCACCCCGAAAGCCCUGCUCCACUUCAACAGUGUUUGCCGCAACCUGAAGUCCAUCGUGGUUCAGAUUGGUAUAGAAGACUACUUUGAGGACCCCAACAGUCCUGAAGCCAGAAAACUGUUUGAUGAGAUGGUUAACAAGCUGCAGGCUCUGAAGAAGAGACCUGGCUUCUCCAAAAUCCUCCAUGUGAAAGCAGACAGUCUCUGCUAACAUCUUUUGUGCAGAUUCUUCAAGUCUUGGAGAGGUGCCAUCUUGGCUCCAGUCAAUCAAAAAGACCCAGCUGUUUUGAGCCCACUCUUUGGGGUUGAAUGCGUCUGCAGCACCGACAGAAAAAACUGAAGUUUGCCACAAUGAACCAGGACUGAGGCUCAAUACUGCAUACUCCACAAGUACAAACAGAAAAACUCAUUUACUAUUCCAGUGGGGGAAUGCCAGUAAGGAGGCUUAUUUGGACUAACAGUGGCACUAUAUAUGAGAUUAAGGGCCUGUUUUAAACUUUACAGACUCAAAUAACCCAACAAAAUGUAAGAUCCUUCUUUCUCAGUCGUGUUUUGCUUUCCCCAUAAUAUCGUCGCACAGAACCUGACCCCUUUCUUGAAACGCCUGGGGCCAGGUGACAGCGCUGUAUUUAACUGUCUGCAUCUACAUAAUGCUUGAUGUAAAAAACGUGAAACUACCUUCAGCCUGGGGGCAGGAGCACAUUAUACAGCAUACAUACUUCUCACAGAGAAGAACAUUGAAUGGUGGCAGGUUUAAGAAAAUGUAGAAAAAUGAAUUCCCUCAAGAGAUCUUGACUUUUCUUCAGGGGUAAGAGUCUUGAAACAGGAGCUUUAUGUUUGCGUGUGCGCGGAUGAGUGAAUGCAUAAAUAGACUAGCCGAGAAGAGAAUAAAAGGUUUUCAUCCAGCCUGCCCUGCACUACUGUAUGUUGAAACCGGACAAUGGACAACGUUCAGCACUUACUGCUUCCACCUAUAACAGAAACAUGCUGCACCAGCUCCACGCGCGGCGGAGGACAGCCUCCCUGUGACACACAGACCUUGACAGUCUUCUAGCCACUGCAUGGCAACGAUGCAUUUUGCCUCUUUUACCAUCUUCUGCUUCCUCGUGUGAACAGGAUCAUGUCACAAACCUGGACUCAGUGUUUUUUUCAUCAUUGUAGAAUAGAUCUGUUUUCUGAGAGAACAGGACGCACAAUAUGAUGAUGCUCUUCAAUAAGUGUGGAAGAUGAUCCAUAAUGCAUUUCUCUCAAAAACUGGUGCCAUUUGGAACGGUGUCUGUCCUCAACACAGUGAGCGUUUUCUCCAAUGUGCCAUUAAUGAGGGUAGAGGGACCAGCUAGGGCAGAUGUUGUAAGGAAGAUGAGUGCAAGCAGCUCUAAUUACGCAUAAGGGUGUUGUGUUUCGUGUGGAACGCGGUCUCCAGGUGUAAUCCGUUAUUAUAAUGUUUAUAUAUCAUGAACGUUUCAUACUUUACCAUACUAAACAGUGCCAUUCCUAGUCACAGGGCUUGUUGUGGCGGAGCCCUUGUACAAUCCUUAUUUAUAAUCAUCAGCUGAUAUCCUCUGGCUCCCUCUGCUGGUGUUUUCAGGCAGUUACACAGCCGACAGCCAGCUGGUGUGAUGUUACACUUGUACCCUUUGCAGCAUGGAACAACUUUGCUAUUUUGGAGAUCUCAGAACCAAGAGAUCAAGUCUCCAGUGUCACCUUGAUAAUUGGCACAAUUCUAGGUUACAGUUCAGUUUAGUGUACGACGCAGAAAUUCUCAAGAAGUAUGAGUAGCAAUACUUACAGUGGUGACACUGAGUGUACACUCCUAAAAGAUCAUUUAAAAGGGAGCCCUGCCAAUUUUACACACCAUAAUCAUUUUUAAAAGUGGUGAGGGGGACCACUCAGCCUGCCAAAAAGGUCUUCUGUAGCUCAGGAGCUUUGUCAAGUCUGAGAAAAUUAUCCUGAUGAUUUAAUCAGGGCUGUCUAAGCUUGGAGAUUCUAAAUUUAAAACCUACACUACAAAGGCAGGGAGGGUCAAAUAAAAAAAAAAAAAGUUUAAAAGGAGGGAUAGGAUCGAGUGUCUUCUGAGGUUGAACCAUACUAUGGACCAAAAGUCAGGAUAUGUCUUCUACUGCUGCAUUGGUUUUUUAAAUCUAUCUCUCUAGCAAGUCCCCCAACUUUACGAAAGUGCAAUACUAAAUCGCUGGAGUGCUCCUUUAAACAGCGCUCCUAUCAGACGCUUACAAUCACUUUGAUUUUACGAAAUCGUGCACACAGUUUUGAAACAGGUUUGAAAAUGAUACACACAUCAGGGACAAUGUCACGUCUCUUACAUUGCGACACGUGAGGUUGCGUAACAAGUUGUUCAUUCAACCUUGCACACCUCAUUUGUCUAUACAGCAGAUCUGAACGUUCAUGGGCAGAGUGUGCAACAGAAGAUGCUGAGCAGGGGACUCGCUGAUGAGGAGAGCUGUCAGCUGCUGUUUUUGGUCUCUGCUUCAUAGUCAAUAAUGUUUAUGAGGACUUGUGUAGCUGCGUAGUGUACUAAUGAUGUUCCAGGUUAAUAUGUAAGAACAGUUGUGGAUGUCCAUUUCUUCAUGUUCUUCCAGUACUGCAUAUUAUUAUCCUACACUGGCUCUGAUUAUCUGCUUGGUUUCACUGAGGGGAAAAGGUUUGUGGGGGAAGGUGUAAAAACGUUUCAGACACAAUAGAGAAAACACAAAAAGCACUUGUUGAUUUUGAGUUUUAGACAAUCCUGCCUUCGCUAUCAGCUACUCUGUAUAUAACGUUUGUAAAAAACAAAAAAAACAUGAACAAAAACAAGAAAAAAAAAAGGACCAACAUUUGAUGUUCUAUAAUAUUAAGGUCAUAAAUAUGAGUGGAACAAGUUGAAGUUUACAGGUCUUCAUUCUGUAAGCAUUUUCUCUCCAAAGUUGAAUGAAAGAUAAACAUAGAGAAUUAUAUUAUGUAUAACAGUAGUGUUGAAAUUGCAGUUGUGUAUUAGAUACUUUAUAUUAAAUGUGCAUCAGAGUCAUAUAGAGAUGGAAAUUAUUUAAGAAGAGGAUAAAGAUGAUAAUUCAGCUAUUUAUUUCUAUAAAAAAAAGAGCGAUGUGUAUAAUGUUGGCAUGUUUGUGUUCAAGCAUCAAUCAUUAAGUUGCCUUCUUAACUGUUCUGCUACUGUGGCAAGAAAAAUUAUUAGAUGUUUAAAGAGCUUUGAUUGCCUGCAGGUUAAUAACGUUUCUCUUUAUUUGAUCCAGUCUGUUGUUGCACUAGUGAGAAAAAAAAAUAUUUCAGAUGUUUAUUAUAAGAGUGUUGUUUUUAAUGUUCCGCUAUUUCUCAGUAUUUGACAAAAUAUGAUGCACUUUUUUUCCUGAACACUUUUAUCGGCCCGUUGGUCAUCGGUUUAGUCAGAAAGGAAACUGCUGUCUGUCAGCGGGACGCCUGGUGGCGUCUUCUGGUGUAGUGCGAAAAAACAAACUGUUCACUUGCACGUUGGCUUUCGUGGGAGGAAGGUUUUGGAAACACAGCGAUAACAUAUGAACUUCUAUAAGUGAAGAGACAUACAGUUAGCCUCUUUUCUCUUACACCAUCUCUCAUGUCUCAUUGGUUGGGAAGUUACAAAGAUGGAAACUGAUUCAACUACAUGCAAGUGCUUUUUAGGUUCAUAGCCAAUAUGACCUUAUUCUCACCUUUGUAUUUGUUACUGUCUUUGUUUUGUUUUUGCAUUAUUUUGCUGUAGAUUCCAUGCUCAUACCAACAGUACGUUUGCUCUCUUGUGAAAAUGGACCUGCUGAACACGUUACAGAGCCCGUGUGCUCUGAAACUGCAGACUAGAGGUGCCAAGUACGCCUGAAUAUUUGUUUUGGCUUGCCAUUCUCUGCCUCUCCAAAUGACAACGUGACUCAUUUCUAAUUUAUUUUAUUGAUUCAGAGUCUGAAGCAUCACCUGUGAACCAAGGUGCUUCCUCAUUCACAUGUAUAUUUCAUGAUUUAAUUUUUUAAAUCAAGUUUUAGUCCUCCUUUGUUGCAGUGACGCCAAUUCAUCAUACUGUGCAAUUGAAAGACAGUGUCUGAGUGAUCAUGUACCUCUCUGUACAUAUUUUAUGUAUGAAUGAUUGUACUCAUGCCCAUUCAUCUGAAUAGUAUUUUACACAUUACCUCAACACUUAUCUGGGCAAUUAAGUGUGCAGUUUGUCUUUGUAAUUUUUCAUUUUUGACUACCAUCGACAAAUAUGCCAAUUGAUCUGUGAACUUCAUCCUUGUUACUACGACAAAAUGGAUUUUGUUGCUGAAAAAAAAAACUCUCCCAAAAGAUGAUCAGCCUUCUACGAUGACUGCAAUAGAUGGAAAUGUUUUACAACUCAUUUUCACUCAUUUGUUGUCAUAAAUAAAAUUGCUUUAAAUUGUA